AUGCCUCAGCUCAUUGAUCGAUACUUGCAGACCAAUGGAUUGCGACUUCCUGAUCAUCAGGACGACCAGGCGCAAUUGUACCAUGAGAUGGAAGCACUAAGAAGAGAGAUAUGUAACCUUGAGCUCCAUCUGCGUCCAUAUCAAGGACAUGACUUAGCCUCCAUUCCUCCUCAUGAGCUUGACGGACUCGAGCGACAGCUGGAACAUUCUGUCCUCAAAGUCCGUGAGCGUAAGAAUGAGUUGAUGCAGCAACAGUUGGAGAAUCUAAGCAGAAAGAAGCGGAUGUUAGAAGAAGAUAACGAUAACAUGUGCCGUUGGCUACAUGAGCAUCGUGCAGCGAUUGAGUUUCAACAAGCUGGGAUAGAGACCAAACCAGGGGAGUAUGUACAGUUUCUAGAACAGCUUCAGUACUAUAACAAUGAUCAUCAGCAGCAACAACAACAACCAAACAGUCUUCUUCAGCUUGCUACACAGCUUCCUUCAGAGAUUGAUCCAAAUUACCAUCUCCAGCUAGCUCAGCCUAAUCUUCAAAACGAUCCAGCUCCCAAAGAGUGAUUAAUCUAAUUAAUCCUCAAUACAUCUUCUCUUUCUUUCUGGGGACAACUUAAUGAACUUUUAUUAAUUACCCUAUAUUUUGAUGUUAGCCAAUGCCUUCUUUUGUUGUCUGUUUUGUGUGGCCAUAAAACCUUGUUUGAAGUACAAUUUACUUGAGAAGCACAGUGGUCUUUGGUUA